GGCCGGGGAGGACAGCUUGGAAGAUGGAGGGAGGGAAGGAAGGAGGGCUUAAAACGGGCCCUUCCGGCCUCUACCCCUUAAGCGAGCGGGGCCGAGGGCAGGCAGGGCACGCUUGGCCCUUGUCGGGUUGCCUCUGUAAGGGACCCUACAAAACCGGGGUCUGCAGUGAUACUUUAUGGGAUCUUGCUAUAGCUCAAGUGGAGAAGAGAGAAAAUCCUGAUGAUGAUGGUGAUGUCAAGCCAGGGGAAGUUUGGGAAAAAUCAAUAUUAUUUAUGGGAAACAAAAACGGGGGAAAGACCACUAUCAUACUGAGAUGCCUUGAGAGGGAAGAGUCUCCAAAGCCAACAUUAGCCUUGGAAUAUACUUUUGGAAGAAGAGCAAGGAGACACAAUACACCUAAAGAUGUAGCUCAUUUUUGGGAAUUAGGUGGUGGAACCUCAUUAGUGGAACUCAUUCGAAUACCAAUCACUAGCCACAACAUAAGGUCUUUUGCUGUAGUUCUGGUCUUGGAUCUCUCCAAACCUAAUGAACUCUGGACUACUAUGGAGAGCCUUCUGCAGGUCACCAGGAACCACGUGAACAAAAUUUUAACCAAACUAGAAAAGACAAACCCUGAAGUAGCUGCUGAAAUUAAACAGAGAAUGUGGAACAAUCUGCAGAGGGAUCACCCUGACAGUGCAUUAGUUGACCCUUUUCCAAUACCCUUGGUGAUAAUUGGAAGCAAAUACGACAUUUUUCAUGAGUUUGACUCUGAAAUUAGGAAAAUAAUAAGCAAGACACUUCGAUUCAUUUCACAUUAUUAUGGAGCCUCAUUAGUGUUUACCAGUAAAUCUGAGGCUCUCCUGCUGAAAGCCCGUGCUCUUAUUAAUCACUUGGCAUUUGGCUACGAUAAAAGCAAGUCUGUAUCAGUGGAUCCCAGCAAACCUCUCUUUAUACCAGCAGGCCUGGAUUCAAUGAGCCAAAUAGGACCACCACCUGCCUCUGACAGUGAUCUUGGAAAGAUGCGUGCCAACACGCCUUUGGAACUAUGGAAAAAAGUAUUUGAGAAAACAUUUCCUCCCAAGAGUUUAUGUGAUUUACAAGAUACCAAGGACCCUGCACAGGAUAGUCAAUAUGCUGAGUACGAAGUUGAUGUCAUGAGAGCUCAGAAAAACCAGGGAUGUAUUUUACUUUCUAUUUUGCAUAGAAACGAGGAGCUUGAACAAUACAAAAGAAAUGCCUCUAAAUCCUGGAAAGAAAUGGACUUUGACUCUGAUUGAUGAACUGCUCUGUCUUCAAUUUAACACCAUUUACAAAAUUAUUUUUAUAAUUUUUACAUUACAUUAGCAAUUUCAUCUGAUGCAGUUGAAAAUAUAUAAUAUCAAACUAUAAAUUUGGUAUUUAUUAAGCAUUCCUGUUGUUAUUUUUAUUAAAGCAGCUGUUUAUUCACUCAGUCCAAAUUAGUUCAUCUUGGCACUGGGGAAGAGUUUUAAAAACUGGGGAGAAAGGAAUUCUAGAUUGCUGUCUGAUUGCUUCUGUAUAUGAAGACUGGCAUUAGUCAGUUCAACCUAAUCUAUAACACAUUAUUUGAUUUACUUUUGAAUACUUUAAGCAUAUAUUUAAAUACAAACAGGUUUUCACACCCAAAAUAUGAAAUUGUGUAGUGUGCUAGGCUUCUUUUUGUAGUUCAAAACCAAAGCUUAAGAAAUACUUGCAAAUUGUUUGAUAUAUUUGAAUAAAUAAAAAACCCGUAAAACUGACAGAAAAAAGCGGAGUUAAAACCUUCUUUGACCUGAAUUCAGAAGUGUGCAUUCUCUCUGUCACGGAAUCAUACAGUUUAAUACAGGACCUAUUUCCUCCAGUGUCUAAUGUCACACAGAGUUUAGAAGAUGGAUGUUUCUAAAUUCUGUCAUAUAUUCAAAGUCAGUCUAAUUAAUUUGGCAAUACUUGAUUAGUGCUGAGAGUAAUACUGAUUCACAUCCAGCCUAAAGCAGGAAUGUGUUUUUGUCCAUGCACACCUCACUAGUGUGAGAUGCACUGAACAUUCUGAGAAUACCCAAGACAAUCCAGAUUAAAGCCAGAGGUGUCUCCUGAGAGCUCAGACUUGUCAGAGAGUGAAUGUCUGAACAGUCACUUGGCAAACCAGAUCAACCCUACAUGCUCAUAAAAAUGGGAGAUAGCCUAAUCUGGUAUCUUUACAGCUAUUUAAAGCUAUUUGUCAUUUUUAACAUAAUCAUUCACCAGAUGUUUUUCUGACAACAUUUAUAUCUCAGAAUAUUUUGCAUAAAGAUACUAGAAAAAUACACUUAAGUGGAAUACUGUAUUACCUUGAGGAUUGGAUUUAAAAUUCCUUGUUAUGAACUGCCUCAUCUCAAAACUAUCAUAUAAAACUAGCUAUAUAAUUACAGAAUUUUAAGAUACAGAUAUACUUACCUCCUUGGAGAAAUCUCUCAGCAAAACCUAAUUUCUUCACAGAACAUGAAAAUAAGAUACAAAAUUUAGGAAUUCUUUAUCUGUUAUGUUUUCAAUUUUGAAAGGCCCAUGAGAAAAAUUUCCAAAGAUGAAAAUGGCAUUGCUUCUGACAAACAACUUUCAUACUUUUCCCUAGUUAAAUGGACAUUUUAUUAAAUAAAACCAAAACAUUAUUAAACAAACAUUUUUUUUUCAUUGUAAUUCAAAAACUGCUUCCAAAACAAGAUUAGACCUUGACAGUGAAAAGAAAGAAUUGAUAUAAAUAACUUGUCUUCACUGAUUUACUACCAUUUACAAGGCAAAACCAACUUGGGUAACUGAUACUGCUUCAAGAUCCUGUACUCAUCAGUUGUAUAGUGUGUCUAAGAUUAAAGUGGAGUGAUUUCUUGAUUCUGUCUUUACACAUAUUUAGUUUGUUUCCCUUCCACAGAUUCCUCAAACAGUAUCAAAACAAGGUAUAAGACUGAAAAUGCAGUCCUAGAAAUGAGAUUUACUAGCAGUUGGAUCCCUCUACUUAUCAGUAGUAGUUAAAAAACCAAACAGUGGGGAAAAAAAUUAGAGCACCAUUGCUACGUUGUUAAAAAUUGUCAGCAAUAGCUGAUGUUCCAGAUUGCAAGGCAAGAUGUAUGCUAUUACCUUCUGUAUGGCAGCUGUCAAGUGGGAAUUUUCCUUAUCUCUUCCACAAUCACUCCUCCCUCAGGAGAGGACACCUGCUGAUAACAGGCUAUUGAAUGGCACUGCAUGACUGAUAAGAACGAGAACAUCCCAUUGUGAGAUGCUCUGCCCAGAGAGAGGAGCCAAACAUUCCUAACUGGAUAUAAUCUGGAGAUUCUAGAAUACCAGCACAGCUUCUUCUCCACUGGAUUUCCCAGAGGAACAGCAGCUGCCUCUUCUUCCACUGGAUCUUCAGAUGAAGACUACCCCCUUUUCUACAGGAUCCCUGCUCCAGCAGAACCACAGCUGACAUUUCAGGAAGACUGCACCCACAUUUCCAACUGGACUGCUACCAACAGGGUGUCAGGUUGAGUUCUGACUCUGUCAGUGUUGUUCUAGUGUACUGCAUUGUUUAUUUUAUCCUUUUAUUUUCUUCCCUAUUAAAGAUCUGUUACUUCCUGCUCCCAUA